AUGGAGGACAGAGGCAAGGUGGUGAGAAUUUGGGGCAACAGAAUCAGCAAUAUAGACCAGCAUAACAGCAGUACAAUAAUAGCAGCAAUCCUGGAACUAUGCGACCACAGGGUCAAGUUGUGCCUUACCAAAGGAAUGCUGCAACAACUGAUUGGGUCCAAUGGAAAAAUGCAAGAGAGAGUGGACUCAUAUGAAUCAACAAUAAAAGGCAUUGAGAUUCAAUUAGGACAGAUUUCGAUGGCUCUAAAUAAUCAUCCCCAAGGGACGUUAUCGGCCGAUACGCAAGUUAAUCCAAUAGAGCAGGGCCCGAAACAGCUUAUGGCAGUAAGUCUAAGAAAUGGUAGAGACCUAGAUCUUGAGCAAGAAAUUGCUCGCGAAAGCCGACCAACUAAAACACUUGUGCCAGUACCCAUUGAGGUAGAUGAUUCAACAAGGUUAACUGUGGUGACGGUACAACAUGCACAAGAGGGCACAAGCAAAGAAAAAGAGGUUGCAAAGGAGACUGAGGUGAACAUUCCACUGAUUGACGCUUUGAGGGAGAUGCCUGGGUAUGCCAAAAUGAUGAAGGAUUUAAUGUCUCGCAAAUUCAAAUUCCAAGACCUGACCACUGUUAUACUAACCCAUACCUGUAGUGCAGUAGUGACGAGACCCGUAGCUGAGAAGUUGUCAGACCCAAGAAGUUUCAUAAUCCGAUGCACAAUAAGCAGCUAUGCUUUUGCUAAAGCAUUGUGUGAUUUGGGGUCAAACAUAAACUUAAUGCCAUUGGCUAUCUACAAAAGGUUAUGCAUUGGAAAAGCAAGACCCACAUCCAUGUUACUACAGCUAGCCGACCGGACAGUGAAGAGGCCAUCAGAUAUCCUUGAUGAUGUACUAGUGCAGGUUGGAAAAUUUGUGUUUCCAGCAGAUAUUGUCAUUCUGGACUGCCGGGUUGACGAGGAGAUUCCCAUAAUUUUGGGAAGACCAUUCUUUGCCACUGGGAGAGCACUGAUUGAUUGUGAAACUAGAGAGCUAAAAAUGAGAUUGAAUGAUUAA